AUGCUAAGGCCGGUGUUUUGCCUUCUGCUUCCAAUAGCUAUCACAAUCCGGCCUGAUCUCACCAAGGGACCGCAAAUCCUUAAUCCACCGUCGGCUCUAUUCCAGGCUCGUGCGACUUCAACAGAUGAGCUUGAUCCAUGUCAGUACAUGCUGCAGAACUUGACAAAUGUGGAAAGUCUUCGAGCACAUGAGUUUGCGUCUUUGGAGCAAUGCCUGUAUUACUACUUGGCAGGUGAAAGUGCGAAGCAAAUGAAAAAGUACAGCCCACGAGCUUCUUUGCCGUUGCUGGCCGAAGCCAUGAGACCAUGGUGUCCGAACUGA